UCGGCGCCCUCCCCGUCCCCCUGCCGCUAAGAUGGCUGAUGGUGGGCGGUGAGGCGGCGCGCGGGGCUGCGGGAGCCGUUGCGGGGCAGGCGGGGGCGGCUGACGGGACGGUCGCGGGCAGCGGGGCCGCGUGCGUGGGAAGCCGCACAGCGCCAUGUCCGCCUUCGCCCUGGAGGAAACGCUGGAGGCCGACUGGGUGGCCGUCAGGCCGCACGCCUUCCAGGAGCGGGAGAAGCACAAGUUCGUCUUCAUCGUGGCCUGGAACGAGAUCGAGGGCAAGUUCGCCAUCACCUGCCACAACCGCACGGCGCAGCGCCAGCGCAGCGGCUCCCGCGAGCAGCGCCGCGGCGGCCCCGCCGGCCCCGAGGCCAGGGCCGCCCCCAAGGCCGGCAGCCCCACGCUGCGCAGAGGCCCGGCCUGUACCGCGGACCCCGGCCUGCCGCGGGCUUCCGAGCGGAGCGAGGCGCUGCCGAAGAGCCCCCUGCGCCCCAAGAGCAGCGCGGCCCGCAGGCCGCAGCGGGGCCAGGAGGCGGCAGGUGCCGCCGAGGAGAUUGAGGUGCUGGAGCUGGGGAAGGAGGAGGCGGCCGCCGCGCUGUCGCUGCCGCCCUCGCCGCUUCAGGCAGCCGAGCCCGCCGCCCUCGACGCGGAGCCCGCGGGGGAGGAGUGCAGCUGGGCCGGCCUCUUCUCCUUCCAAGACUUGCGGGCUGUGCACCAGCAGCUGUGUUCGGUGAACUCCGAGCUGGAGCCCUACCUGCCUGCUUUCCCCGAAGAGCCGUCGGGCAUGUGGACGGUUCUUUUUGGAGCCCCGGAGCUAUCCGAGCAGGAGAUGGACGCUCUCUGCUACAAACUACAAGUUUACUUGGUCCAUAGCUUGGAUACCUGCGGCUGGAAGAUCCUUUCGCAGGUACUCUUCACUGAAACUGACGACCCCGAAGAGUAUUACGAAAGCCUGAGUGAGCUGCGACAGAAGGGGUACGAGGAGGUGCUGCAGCGGGCCCGCAGGCGAAUCCAGGAGCUUCUGGAAAAACAUAAGAACACAGAAAGCAUGGUAGAGCUGCUUGAACUGUAUCAAAUGGAAGAUGAAGCCUACAGUAGUCUUGCAGAAGCUACCACGGAGCUCUAUCAGUACUUACUACAGCCAUUCCGAGAUAUGAGGGAGCUUGCAAUGCUUAGAAGACAGCAGAUAAAGAUCUCUAUAGAGAAUGACUACCUAGGCCCCAGAAGAAUUGAGAGUCUGCAAAAAGAAGAUGCUGAUUGGCAGAGAAAAGCCCACAUGGCUGUGCUUUCUAUUCAAGAUCUUACCGUUAAAUACUUCGAAAUAACAGCUAAAACACAGAAAGCUGUGUACGAUCGAAUGCGAGCAGACCAGAAAAAAUUUGGUAAGGCAGCAUGGGCAGCAGCAGUGGAACGUAUGGAAAAGCUUCAGUAUGCAGUUUCUAAGGAGACACUGCAGUUGAUGCGUGCUAAAGAAAUCUGUUUGGAGCAGAAGAAACAUGCACUCAAAGAGGAGAUGCAGAGCCUGAAAGGUGGUACAGAAGCCAUAGCCCAUUUGGACCAGUUAGAAGCUGAUUAUUAUGAUCUACAGCUUCAAUUAUAUGAAGUGCAGUUUGAAAUCUUGAAAUACGAAGAGCUGCUGCUGACAGCACAACUUGAAAGUAUCAGAAGACUGAUGUCAGAGAAGAGAGACGAAGUGGUGUACUAUGACACUUACGAAAGUAUGGAAGCCAUGCUUGAAAAAGAAGAUAUUGCAACAUCUAUACUCUUGCAAAAAGAGGAGCUACAAAAGCUACAGCAAAAAAUCCGCCAGCUGGAAGCAAGGCGUGGACGUAUUUCAGCCAAGAAAGCCUACCUCAGAAACAAGAAGGAGAUCUGUAUUGCAAAGCAUAAUGAAAAGAUCCAGCAGCAUCACCAGAGUGAGGAGAAACACAAAAUGCACCAUGCUGUUCAGAUAAAGCGAGAUCAGUUACAAGAUGAAGAGGAAAGAAAGAGCUCAUGGGUUAGUCAGGAACGGCAGAAAACACUGGACAGACUUCGCACAUUUAAACAGCGGUACCCUGGACAAGUGAUACUUAAAUCAACCAGACUGCGGAUGGCUCACGCAAGAAGAAAAUGUGCAGCCAGCUCAGUGCCCUGUGUCGAUCAGCCUCAGUCUUUGCCAGCAACCAUACCAAUCCAAGAGAAAAGUGGAGAGGUGGAAUUGGAAAAGGCAGUUCAGCCUUUGCAAGUGGAGGAAUCCACAAGCUUAGAACAACUUCAAGAUGUCUCAUUACCUCCCAAUUGUGUUACCUCUGAACUGCCUCAUGUUAGUCCUUCUCCACUCACCAGUAAUCAGCUUCAACCAGAGACUGUUACUGUAGUACCACUUCCACCCCCUUUGCCUCCACCACCUCCACCUCCACCUUUGCCCUCCAGGGAAGAUGCCACCAAAUCCUUAGAGAAAAGCAACACCUUUGUUAAACGUCAGAGUGAGGAGAAAGGAGUCCAGCACUCUUCUGGUGUCCCACCAGCACAUCUGUUUGACAGUAGUCAGCUAGUCAGUGCCAAGAAGAAGCUUAAGAAGACUGGUGAUCUAGAGGGCUUACAGAGGAGGAGAGUGAGUUCCCCGAUGGAUGAAGUGCUGGCUUCCUUGAAACGUGGCAGCUUUCACUUAAGAAAAGUUGAGCAGAGAAGUCUCCCACCUUUUCCUGACGAAGAUGAUAGCAAUAACAUCUUGGCACAGAUCAGAAAAGGGGUCAAACUGAAGAAAGUGCAGAAAGAUGUUUUGAGAGAAUCCUUUACAAUUCUGCCUGAUACUGACCCUCUGACAAGGAGCAUCCAUGAAGCAUUGCGACGAAUUAAGGAAGCAUCACCUGAAUCAGAGGAUGAAGAGGAGAGUUUGCCUUGCACAGACUGGGAAAAUUAACCAGUGAUUCACGGCCACUGACAUGAGAAAAGAAAGCCCAGUUGAAGAUUACUUUUCCUCUUCAUUUCUGAAAAUUCAGAGCCAGCAGUUAGACCAUCAAUUCCACAGGAGGCUUUCUUUGGCAAAGGAACAGUCUUUCUUUGGCAAAUGAUUCAGUGUAUGGAAAAAAUGGCCUGAAAUGUUACUUUUCAGGUCACUUUUUUCUUUAAUUUGUUCAAAGAAUUCUGGUUUGGGCAGAAAGCUAAGUUGUUUAGAUGUGCAUUUUAUAUAAUCAAGAAUGCCCGAUUCUUAAGCACUUUUUGUAUUUGUGUUAGUAAUGUGUGGCCAGUUAGGUGAGGGGGGAGCAUUUUGCAUUUGGAGAAUACUUGCUGUUGGAGUAACUUUGGGAUUUGCCCGAGACAUCAAACCAGUGAUAAAACAUCCCAUUCACUGCACUGAGUAUAUCAUCUGCUUUAAAAAACAACUACAUAGCUCCUUGCAGGGAAGCUUGCUGUGUAGCAGUGUGAUAUUCCAGAAAGAGCAGAAUUCCUAGUUGCACUACAGUUGCUGAAAUUCAGUAAUGUGCAACUAGCCUUUUUUUCUUCUUAGUUUGAAGAAGUGUAUGUCAGUAUGAAAGUAACAAGUGACCAUACCACAAUUAAGAGUAAGAGUUGAAUUCAGUAUAUAUUAAAAAAUGUGUUUGUUUCGAACAAGGUACAUUUAGCAAGACAUACUGCAGCACCUUUUUAGAAGGUCAUUUGUAGUCUGACACCUUUUUAAAGUAGCCAUUUUCAUGCUUUUCUAAAAUAGUAUUUAGCUACGCUGAACCAAGUUAGUUAUACUUCUACCAUUUGUUAUAAAAAGAAAUUUUGUAAUUUCAUACUUAAAAUUAUUUUUCUCUUUUGGUUUUAAAUGGCUUUUGAUUACUCUAAGCAGCCUCCUUUAGAAAGAUCAAAGCACUUAAACAUACUGACAAUUCAGUCAUGAAAAUCAUGCUUCUAUAGCUGGUUUUCAGUAUUCCUUUUAGUGGCUGCAAAAAUGUUUGAAUUUCAUAGCCUAAAGCCUACUGGCUGAAAAAAAUAAUAAUUCCUUUUGAUCCUGACUUUUUGUUUGUUUUUUUUUUAAAAAAAGAAAAGUGAUUACUUCCUCCGUGGUGAGUAUUUAGAAAUAUUCAUUUAGAAAUAUUUAGAAAUAAACUUCAUGACUAAUGGCUGCAGGCAGCUACUCUUCUGUUAUCACACUACUAGGAAGUAUGCCAGUACAGAGAUACAAGUAGCCUUGUACCAUCUCGAAACUCCAUGUGAUAGUAAAGCCACCCCAUUACAUUUCUAAGGAAACUGAAUUUUCACUGGCAUUUUAUUUUUACUAGCACAACAUACACGAUGUUUGAGAAGUACACAGUCCCUGUCCUUUGUGUAGUGUGGGCCAUUCACUGUUCCUGUGACAGACAAACUACUAAGUGGAUUUGUUUUUUAUAAGAGUUAGGCACUGCUGCUGUCAUAUAAUGCAACAUGUACUGUGUUAACAUUUUUAACAGGAGACUUCACGUCUUGCCAUUUACUUAUAUAAAGAGGAAGAAAAUUUACCUUAUCAAUAGGCUGCAUAGCCUAAAGGAACCUCACAUCUUGGACCCUUCAGUUGUUUUGCUGUGGCUGUCCUGAAAUUAAAGCUCUGUCAAACAUCUUGAAAGGAUAUCACUUUACCCUUGCUAUCAACAGGCAUUUUCUUAACCUUGUUGCCUUAUCUAUAGAGAACAUUCAUUUUAAAAGCACCUGUGAGCAGGGUUACUGUAGAGUUGUGUUGAUUUUGCUGCAUCAGUCCUCUGGUCUGUAUUUUUCUGUGCUGAGAUCAGCCCUAUGAUGAAACACUUGAUACUGGCUUUUCAAGGACCUAAAACUACACAAUGUUUUUUUCUUAAACUCCUUCUCUAAACCCCAUGUUACAUGGUGUGGUUGCAAGCUGUCUAAUUCUGUGUUCAUGCAGCUAUAGCAGCAACUUCAAAGUUCAUUAUAAUAAUUUGACAUUGCCUAUACUAUAAGCUGCAGUGUAUUUUUCUCUACAUUUACUUCUCUGUACUUCGAGUCACACCACAUGUUAAAACCAAGGUGAUUGCAUACAUUUUUGCUGUAGCACAAAGUAGAAAUAUGAUGUAGAAUGGUGAUUCACAUUAUGCAGUUCAUCUGAAACUUAGUGCUAAAUUAACAAUGGGGAUUGAGCAACCUCUAUGUCUGUUUUUUCUGAUUUUCCAACCUGUAGUUUUAUUCCUUAAGAGUAUGCAUACAGGACACUAGAAAAUUCCAAGCCAAGGAAAAUAAUGUAAUUUUUAAGUAUAGGUGCAGUGGUCCCUUUGCACAACAUUUGUGUCUGCGGUUUACCACUGUGUUAUGAUUUAUCUAAAUAGCUCGAUGCUGUACUGUAUUAUGGUUUUCAGAUUUGUUUGCCACGUGAUGUCAUCUUUGCCUUGAAAAAUGUGUGCAUGAUUGAGGAGAACUAGUGUUCUUAAUCUGUUUUAUAUUUAGAUGUAAUCUUAGAUUCCUGUAAUAGCUUAGUUUAUAUAAAAGAAAUUCUUAUACAAACAUGUAUUUUAUGCGCACAUAACAAGUAGUCGUUAUGCUGAGCAUAGCGGUUUGUAUCAGUUCAAAAAUGUGGAAAGUAAAUGGGUUUUAUUCCACAUACUGCUAAAAAAAGUUUCCUGGAUUUAAAUCCUGUAUGAGUCACUAGAUGUCACAAUUUCACAUAAUUCUCCAUUUUUAUAUAAAAAUUGCGCAUAUGUACUGUACAGGCUAAUGCUUAAAAUUUCCCAUCCUCUGUAAUGCAACAUUUUGCAGUGGGAUGGCUACUGCAGCAAAUGGGAAAAGCAAAUAUAUCCACAAGAAACUUAGGGAAAUUAUCACAGUCCUGCAUUGAGAUCGGUUUUUCCAUUGCUGAGAAAAACUGUAAUACUUGUGUUGGUCCUUGAGAAAUCUUAGCAAGCAUCACUACAGAAAAAACACAUAAAACAUAUGCAAGGAGAGGCUCCAUAAAAAGAUCUUUCCUACUGUUGGUAUUUUUCAGUAGUGGCUGGACUUCAUUGUUGUAGCUGCAUUAUCUUGUUGCUAGUGAUUUACCUUAGGCAGUUUUUCAGCUUUCAGGCUUUUUCCAUUUUUAGAAACGUCUUUCUUUGUUCAAAUUAAAAUUGUUCUAGUGUAGUGUAACUGAUCCAGUGAGGUAAGGAUUGGAAUGCAUAAUGUUUAUUGUACAAAUGCUGAUGUGAGGACUGAAAAAUCUUUUUUAUGAGUGGGAACAAGAAACGAAAUACUCUGUUUCUACCAAGAUAACCAAAAUGUAAGUUAAACAGCAAUAGUCUUUUGAUCAGAAAUGUAAUUUGCAUCACCAUGAAUUUCAUGCUCUCAUUCACAGAGGUUCCACAUCCUUUACAAUGACCAAUAUUCUUAUUUUAUUCACUUUACUAUGUUUUCAUAUGUUAGUUAAGUUAGCUGUCUAGAUGAAGGCUGUUUUAUUUUUUUAAACAUCACUUUUAAGAUUAAAAAAAAAUACCUGACAGUCUGCAUCCUACACCAGACACUUGUAAAAUAUAUUAGUAUGUUUAUGUAUUGUGUUCUUUUGUGACUGCAUUGGGGAUAUAUAGAUACAUACUUCACUACAUUAUUUGUAAAGAAUCAUUUUGCGUAUAAGAACUAUAUUCUGUAAUGUCUAAUAUUAAAGUAAUAACAGGUGCAUUACUGAAGAUGCAACUUAUUGAUAAGAGGAGACAGAAACUUCUGUUGGUUAAUGUUACCCUUAUUCCAUUUGUUGCACUGAAUUUCAAGGGUGUAAUUCGUAAAACAAGUUUGCUCACAUGUGUAAUCAGAUUUUAUUUUCAUUGUUAUGCUUAUGUAAUUAAAUUACCUGGAUAUA